CUGGAUACCUCGCCGAGCACGAUACGCGUAUUCAGUAGAUACGCGAAGCUAUAACGGUACACAUGUUGCUGUCGGAAAACGCGAGCGGCCCAAGUGGAAAUGUAGCCCAAUCCGUUCGCUUCAGGGUAUCCGUUUAAAGAGCUCCCUCGCACACACACUCGCACACCCGCACACCCGCACACACACACACACAGCCACGCACAAGUGUCCUCGGCUCUCACCACCACAGUCGCAAGUGCGUCCGCCGCUCGAGUAUCUGUGUGAGUAGAAGAGGUGUUUGCCAUUGUACUCAGAUACAGGAUUUAGUGCCGAAGUGCUUAAUAAAACCAUCAUAAAAACCGUCGAAAGUGAUAAAUGCAAAUCAUUAUAAAUAAAAAUAACCAAUUGCUAAAGUGUGCUCCUCUAACUGGGCCAAUAACUACAAUUAACAUCCUAGUAGUCGAGUGGUAAUGCAUCAAAAGAAGUUCUAUUUGCCGGUUUGCCUCGCAGAGCUACACAAAUAUUUGUCAUAAUUAAAUUAAAAAGCCCAAAGCAACAAAAACUUAAUCACCAUAUAAACCAAACAAACAAAAGCUAAAUGUGAUGUUCAAGUCUCAAGACUAAAGAGCUAAAUUCAUGGAAUUCCCCUCUCAAAUGCAAUAUAAUAACUUUCUCAGAAUCCUUGAGGAUUAUCAAAAUAUUUAUAUAUGCAAUAUAUAUAUUUAAAACAAGAAACCUAAUGAAAAUCCUGAACGACUAAAGUAGCAACAAACGUUGCCGCGGCUGACUUUGAAAACAGCUCCACUUCACUCCAGUUGCCACCACUUCAGUGGCUCCACUUCACUCGAAGGAAGGGCUCCGGCUCCACGGCUCGCUGCUCGGUUUGCGGUGCCGUGCCUCGAGUUCGUCGAUAAUUGGAAUUUACGACUGUGGCAUAAAAGAAAAAAAGUAAAAAAAAAAAAUAAAGCGAAAAACCAGCUAGUAGAAUACGGGCUACAAGGAUAUAGCCCAACCACGGGCUCGUCUCUGUUGUUUGGUGACUCGUGCUCGAAUACCUCGUUCCCCAGCCACCAUUCCACUAACCCAUCCCCCAAAAUCCCUAUUCCGCUCCCUUAAACAGUCCUUCGAUAGUCGGGUGCCGUGUAAAUAUUUUUUUGUCAUCGCUGCUCCGUGUGCGGUUCAAUUGGCCCUGUCAGUGGCAGGCGCGCUGAUUUGUUAUGGUAAUAGUUGUCAAAACGAGAGGAGAUUCGAGAGAUCCUCCUCGGCGGCACUUGAUUACACUUACAUGGCCACAAUGGCAGACGAACACAUAUACUUACGUAUGUUGUAGUGUAUCCUUGUGUAGUGUAAGCUUAACGAAAUCAAAACUAAAUUGUAGUGGGAGGUGCCAGUGUAAAUGUCGCUCAAUUAGCAGUACAAUCGGUUCUUGUGCUCGUUAAGAGGCUCCAAUUACUAUCUUUCGGUUUCAUCACAGAUUCAACUCAGACGGCGUGUCUGUGGCUCAUUAGAAGAAAUACUGGUUCGCAAUAAAAUCAAAUUCGAUAGAAGCAAAAACAUAACAAAGCCAAACCAAAUCCAAACUCAAAUCCAAUUCAAACAAAGCAAACUAAACUAAAACAGUUUCGCCUAUGGUGUAGGGGCUAUGGGCAGGAAAGGCAAUAAAAACAACAUGGAAUAUUGAAUGAAAUCGGCUAGCAUAUAUGCACAUACAUUAGCAGCCAAAGGACAGCCAUUACUCCGUUAUCGCCCGCUAACUCCAUAUGAUGGACUUCAAUUCGACAAGCACUCGAUGGCUAUGAGAAAAGUCAAAGGAAAAGUCUUUCAAAGCGAGAAUUUCUAGAAACGAGAAAGCAAAAAUCAUGCAUCAGGAGGAAACCUUUCAGAUUGUCCGAAACCGGGUGGAUGAAAGGGAUAAGUCGCGGGGCUGGAAACAGCAAAUCCGAAAAAAAUCGAAGAGUCCUCAACCUUUGCCCUGCUCUAAUUCAUGGGGACAGGUCCUCCUGCCAUUACUUAUGCUGUCGGGGAUAAGCCUAGUGCUUGGCUCGUACCUCGAGCCCGACGAACUCAUCCAGGAGCUGGACCGUCCAGUGCCUCUGACCUCCGUGCAAGGUGUACUGGGACGCCAGGCGAUGCUUCCGUGCGAUAUAUCGCCUCUGGAGCGGGACGACGCCGUCUAUAUGGUACUCUGGUUCCGCGAAGGAGACGGUGAACCCAUCUACAAUUUUGACGUGAGAGGUCGACAAUUUGGUCAGGCGCGUCUGUGGUCCUCGCCCUUGGCCUUUGGCACUCGCGCCCACUUCACAAGCACCACCCACCCUGCCCAGCUAAGGAUCGACACCGUACGCAUCGAGGACGAGGGUGUCUAUCGGUGUCGUGUAGAUUUUCGCAACUCGCCCACCAGAAAUCUGAAGAUUAAUCUCACCGUCAUUGUUCCGCCGGACAGACCGAUCAUCUACGGUCAGAAUAGGCAUGAGAAGGCCGGAAAUGUGGAGUCCUUCAACGAAGGCAACGACAUAGUUCUGUCCUGCGAGGUUUCCGGAGGUCGACCCCGGCCCAACGUCACUUGGUACUUGGACAACACGGCCAUUGACGAGUCCUUCGAGCAGCGCCCAGACGGUAAGACCAUCAACCACCUGUCCUAUCCCAAUGUGGGCCGGCAGCACCUGAACUCCCGGCUGGUGUGCGUGGCCAGUAACACGAACCUGAUGCCGCCAAACAACAAGGUCGUCAUACUGGAUGUGAACCUGAAACCCAUGGCCGUGCACAUACUCACCAAGGAUCGGUUUGUUUCCGCGGAUCGCACCUACGACGUGGAGUGCAAGAGCUCAGGGUCGAAACCACCGGCCUUAAUCACCUGGUGGAAGGGCACCAAGCAGCUGAAGAAGCUAACCAAGAACUUUAAUGAACCCGAUAAUCAAUCUCUAAGUAUACUGACGUUUACGCCCGGACGCGAGGACGAUGGCAAAUAUUUAACAUGUCGGGCAGAAAAUCAAUUCAUCGACGGCAGCUCCAUCGAGGACAAAUGGCGACUCAUUGUCCAUUACCCACCCACGACCAUGCUGAAGAUUGGCUCCUCUUUGAAUCCGGAUGACAUCAAGGAGGGCGACGACGCAUACUUCGAGUGCAUUGUGCAGGCAAACCCGAAGCCCUAUAAGAUGUCCUGGUUCCAUAACGGCAAGGAGUUGCAGCAUAACAUCUCAGCGGGUGUCAUCCUGUCGGAUCAGUCCCUGGUGCUCCAGAGCGUUUCACGAGCUUCGGCCGGUGACUACACCUGCCUAGCUGUCAACUCGGAGGGCAAAGGCCCAAGUAAUCCGGUCACAUUGCGCAUACGCUAUGCCCCAAUUUGUGCCACGGACCACGAGGAGCUAUUGGGCGCCCUCAAGCAUGAGACCCUACCCCUAAAAUGCGAGGUGGAUGCCUCACCGCCGGCGGACUCCUUUCACUGGACCUUCAACUCGUCCGGCGAACAGACCGAGUUACCCGCCCGCCUGCAUUCUAGUGAGACUGGCAUGUCUCGACUGAACUACACGCCCAGUACAGACCUUGACUACGGAACGAUAUCCUGCUGGGGCAAGAACUCCAUUGGAACGCAGAAGAGUCCUUGUGUAUUUCAGAUUGUGGCAGCGGGACGUCCGUUCCCCCUGCAAAACUGCUCGGUGACCAAUCAGUCGGUCGACUCGUUGCAAGUUGACUGCCUGGAGGGAUUCGACGGUGGUCUGCCCCAGGGAUUCAUGCUGGAGCUGGUGGAGCUGAAUACUUUGCGGCUGGCCAGGAACAUCACGGUUUCGCACACUCCUGUGACUUUUGUGAUAGACAACCUGGAUCAGGCGGCCACCUACCGGAUGGUGAUUUUUGCAGUCAAUGCCAAAGGUCGUUCGGAGCCCACAAUCAUCGACGACAUCAACUUUAAGGGCGUGGCCAAGUUCACAGGUGCCUCGACCGGACUCUCGAUGCCCCUUUCCCCGUUCCUGGCGGGUUUGACCCUUUUCUGUGGCCUCCUUCUCGCCAUCUUCUGCAUCAUGGUGGCGGCCUUCUACCGGAGGCUCUCCAAUCGGCGCAGCGACAGCAACCUAAAGGUAGCCAAGCACACGCAGCUCACGAUUCCGGCGGACUGUCAGCUGGACCCGCUGCACCCCGGAACCCAGACGGACGGAUCCGGCAACCACCAGCCGCACCACAGCCUGCUGCCCAUCAAUUGUGAUGCUCGCAGCGCGGUUGACUGUUCUACGCUGGGGGAUGUGGGCAUGGGCGGGGCUGGCGGAGGAGGAGGCGGUGGCCUAGAUGGUGGACUGAAGGGCUCAUCCAUCGGCCUGGUGCCCAUGUCCGGCGACACACUGCGCUCCACAGCCAGGACACGGCACAGUCCCUUGGCCGAUGGCCAGGCGGAGAUAGAUGAUACCGAUCCCGAUGUUAUACCAAAUCAGUAUGAAAAACGUCCGUUGAAGAGUCUGGUGUCCCCUCCGGGCUUCGCCAGCCCCUCGAACCGUCUGAUGCAGCGAGACUACCUCCGGGAAACGGAGCUUACCAAAGGCAGUAGCGACGUAGGCUUGGGAGCAGCGGAGGGGCUGUCCAGCAUCGGACUGAUGAGCAGUUCCGGGAACGAGGUGCUCCACUACACCUUCCGGCCCAGCAAACAGAUCAGCUAUGCCACGCUGAACAAGAAGGGCAUUACCACGUGCAGUCCACCGCUGGGUUCGUUGAACUACAACGUUAGCACCUCGACGCCCUCCUCCUCGUACCACCUGACGCCCCAGCCGAUGGAGGUGAGCCUGCUCAGUCCGAAUAAUCCGUCGGUGACGUCAUCGCUGAGCGAGUACCGAUUCCGUACCGGACCGGAGAUCGUCACCACCUCGAACCGCAUACAGGAAAGUUGUAUAUAAAGCUCUCGAAUCGCAUCGCAUCGUAUCGCACACGUAACAUACAUACUUACUUCUGAGUGUACAAACCAAAUGAUAUAUAGAUAUAUAUAUAAAUGUAUACAUGAGUAUCGUACUAUCGUACCGCAUCGUAUCGAAUAAUAUCCUAGAAGCUAGACGUAUUUAUUCGCAUGGUUUGAGGAAAGACUUCUCCUAGCUCGUAAGCAUCUUGUGUACUUAAUGCAAUGCCAAAAGUGUAACUGCAAUACACUAGUUCUGUAAAUAAUCGUUGUCAUCUGUUGUUGUAAUUAAGAUCCCAAAAAUCGUGAUGAUGGAAGCGAAUGAAACUACUUUAAAAGAACAUUUCUUCUUUUCAUCCCACUUCCACACUAUCCAUAUCCUAUUUCCCUCAUAUUCUCUAUUCAUACCUAAUGCAUAUCCCGAUAAAAACCAACAAAAAAAAAAAAACAAAAAAAUACAAAAAAAAAAGAUAAAUGGGUUCCGAAGACAAACGCUGUCAACUUAACAUAUCGCCGACAUCCUAACGCUCGCUAAGCUAACCCGUUGGUCAUUGUUGUGAGCCAAAUCUGAUCGAUCUGAUCCAGCCGAAUGCAACUAAUUUACGCCAUAAUUAGAAUACCAAUAAACGUAUAAACAUAUGUAUCCAUUUAAUCUGAACAGGACCUGCACUCUUCCAGAGUUCCCGGCAGAGUUCUGCGGGAGUCGCAUUUGUGAGAAUAUCAUGUCCAUAUCCUCUAUGAAAGUAUUACCUAUUGAUUUUCGUUUUCGAUUAACUCGAGUGUUUAAGUAUAGCUACCGCAUAUGUGUAUUUAACUAGACCUAAGUAGUUUAAGCAUCGGUCUAAGCAAAGUGUACAUACAACAUAUUAUUAUUUGGUAGUUGGGACUCGACCCGGCCAGACCCGAUAACUGUACAUAGUUCAUAAUUUAUUGUGAGGACGAAUUGACCGUUCGUAUCAAUGUAUGUUGUGUUGCCCCUCUAGAAGUAAAUUAAGCAUUUAUAGAACAAUUGCUAGGCCGCAACAUAUGUACAAUUCUUCGGAGCGAUCCGAAGGGAGUGUGUCCCUUCCAGAAACCCCGAACUGGAAGCCCCAAUGGGCGAUUAGCGGCAAGUUCUUCCCUGGAAUGGGCACCAUUUCUGCUUGAGGAUAGUAUAAAUACAUCUGGAUGAAUAUAUGUAUGUAUCUUAGAGAAUUGCUGCCUAAAAGCAUAACCUUAAAAUACGAAUAAGAAACGCAAAGAUUAGUAUAAUUUGUCAAGCCUAGUUUUUGUAACUAUUAGGAGAAAUAUUUAAUACAAUUAAAUUAUAUCUAAAUGGU